CUCAGAACAACCCCGCGCGGUGCUGCUGGCCUGGGGAUGAGUAUCCGGAAAGGUGCCCCGCAGAGAAAGACCAACAGCCAGCUGAAUGUGCGCCAGCGCUGUGCUCAGCGGCCAAGCCGGCCAGCGGCAUCCUGGCCUCUAUCAGGAAUGGUGUGGCCAGCAGGACCGGGACUGUUCUUUCCCUGUACCCAACACUGAUGAGGCCACACUGUGCGCUGAGGGGACCCGAGCGAACCCUGCCCACCUCGCUCCCUCCGCCGCUGCAGCCACGCCGCCGGCGGGGGCGGGCACGGCGGAGCCGGGGAGGAGGCGGCUCCUUAUAGCGCGGGCGCGGCGGGCACCGCCGGCAGAGCUGAGCCCAGCCGAGCCGUACCCUGGACAGCGCCUCGAAGCCGCCGCCAUGGAGCACCUGAAAGCUUUUGACCGGGAAGUAAAUGAGUUUGUGGACUACAUGUUUGGACCUCGAGAUACCAGGGUUAGAGGAUGGUUCCUUUUGGAUUCUUACCUUCCCACGUUUUUCCUUACUGGAGCAUAUCUACUCUGCAUAUGGCUGGGCAACAAAUUCAUGAAGAACAGGCCUCCGUUCUCUCUCAGGGCUCACCUCAUUGUAUACAACCUUGGGAUUACACUACUCUCCUUGUACAUGCUCAUAGAGCUCAUCCUUGCCACGUGGGAAGGAGGCUACAACCUGCAGUGCCAGAACCUUCACAGUGCAGGGGAAGCUGACAUCCGGGUAGCUAAGGUGCUGUGGUGGUAUUAUUUUUCCAAAGUAAUUGAAUUCAUGGACACUAUCUUCUUUGUGCUGCGAAAGAAAACCAGCCAGAUCACUUUCCUUCACGUGUAUCACCAUGCCACCAUGUUUAACAUUUGGUGGUGUGUUCUGAACUGGAUACCUUGCGGGCAAAGUUUCUUCGGACCCACUCUGAACAGCUUUAUCCACGUGCUCAUGUAUUCCUAUUACGGACUCUCAGUCAUCCCUUCCAUGCGCAAGUAUCUCUGGUGGAAGAAAUACCUCACUCAGGCACAACUGAUUCAGUUUCUGCUCACCAUUGUGCACACACUCAGUGCAGCCGUGAAGCCAUGUGGAUUCCCGUUCGGCUGCCUCAUGUUCCAAUCUUCCUACAUGGCUACACUGGUCAUUCUCUUCAUAAACUUCUACAUUAAGACAUACCAGAGAGCACCUUCGAGGACAGCGACCAAGGAAACCUCUGCGACAACAGAACCUAAGAAUGGUUUCCAUAAGGACUACUUUGCUGCUGCCAAUGGAUUCCUGAACAAUAAGAAAGUACAAUAAGUAGAGUAAUUCUUCUGGCUUUUUUUUUUUUCUAAAAAAAAGGAUGAAAAAAAAAAAGAAAAAAAAAGAAAAAAGACUGAACGAGAAGCUUUAGCUUAAAGCUUGAUUAUGUUUAUCAGUUCUUUCUACCAGACACUUAAUGUACUGCUAGGUAGGUUUUAACAAAUCAAAUAGAGCUACUUUUCCUGUCAAAGGUCACCAUCAGAACAAAGGAGGCAAAAUUCCCUCUCAUAGGAAAAACUUUCUGAUCUCCAAUGCUGACACAAAAACACCUUAUCAAACACCAGAUAGAUACAUCCAUCAAUGCCUUCAAAAGGUUAGGACUCCCUUUGGACUAACUCAGUAAGCAGGUGCUGGGCAUGCAAGAGGUCUUGAGGCAAGGCUGUGCAGUGCACCCAGCUGCAGCCCAGGUCAGGAUAAGUGUCACAGGUUAGAGUUGGGCUGGCCACUAGGGGGCUCCUAUUAACCCAUCUCCAGUCCCAAAAGGAAAAAUAUGUAAAUAAGGGACAGAGAUUGAUGGAUUAGGCAAGAAAACCAAAACUGCUUUAAUGAAAGUAAGAGUAAAAUGGAAUGGAUACAAAUACAUACAGACCAAUACCAAACCCAAAUCCCUGAUGCAAUGACAUCACCACAGAUACUCUGGGGAGGCACUAGAGAAGUCACAAAAUAAGUUAAAUUGAUUCAGGAAAACAUAGAUCAGGAUUAGCAAUGGAAUGGACAGAGACCUCUUCAAUUCCUGGCCAUUGCAGCCCUAAGCUUUAUCCUGAACGUGAUACAGAUGGAAUAAAAUACCUUGUUGAUUGGUUUAGGGCAACCGGUCCUCUCUGCUUCUCCCUGCAGGUAUGACUUCUCAAAUAUACAGUAGUAGUCCUGUUCUAGCUUAACCUAGGACUAAAAAGAAGGGAAGAGGAAAAAAAAGGUGCUGAAGCCGUCCCUUUGGUCCUGUGGUAGCCCUCAGGAAAUACAUAAGACAUUUGCACCAUUGCAUAGCUAGCAGGCAGAUAUGAACAGUACUUGUGAGUGGAACCUCACUGACACUGAGGUCGGACAGGAGCUUGCCAUUUCAGGAGGCUGGGCUGGUAGCACUUGAGAUUGCUUGGUGUGAUACUUACAAUGCAGGAUACCACACAAUGAUCAUAGAAUUAUUUUAGUUGGAAGCGACCUUUAAGAUCAUCAGUUUCAAUCCUUAACCAAACAUUACUCAGUGGGCACUAAAUCACAUCCCUCAGAAAUUCAUCUACAUGUCUUUUAAAUCCCUCCAGGGAUGGGGACUCCACCACAUGGGCAGUCUGUUCCAGGGCAUGACAACCCUUUUGAGGAAUAAUUUAUUCCUAGUACCAAAUCUAACCCCUGCCUGGUAAAACUUGAGCCUGUUUUCUCUUGCCCUGUUAUUUGUUACUUGGGAGAACAGACUGACCCCUACCUCACUAGAACACCCUUUCAGGUAGUCAUAGCAAGUAAGGUCUCCCUCAGCUUCCUCUUCUCCAGGCUAAACCACCGCAGUUCCCCCAGCUUCUCCUCACAAGACUCAUGCUCUGGACCCUUCAGUAGUUUUUUUGCCUUCCUUUGGGCAUGCUGGAGUCUCAACAUCCUUCUUGUAGUAAUGGGCCCAAGUCUUAACAUGGCUGUUGAGAUGCAGCUUCACAGGCUCAAGCAGCACCAGGGCAGGUUUAAACUGGAUGUUAGGAAGGCGUUCUUCACAGAAAGAGUGAUUUGCAUUGGAAGGGGUUGCCUAGGGAGGUGGUGGAGUCACCAUCCCUGGAGAUCUUUAAAAGGAGAUUGGAUGAGGCACUUAGUGCCAUGGUUGAGUUUAUUAGAACAUGUUAAGUGGGGCUCAAUUACCUGAAAGGUCUUUUCCAACCUGGUUAAUUCUGUGAUUCAAUCCUGUAAAACUCACAUUGUAAGGGACUAAGUUUGACUGAAUGUGUUGUAUGUGGCCCUAAGUAAAGAGAGAGCUUCAGAACUCAGUAGACAUAUCAGCUUGACACUGGAAACUGAAGUAAAAGUGGUGGGAAGUGGAAGAGCUCACAAGAUAACACACAAGGCAACCAAGCGAACCAUUUGCCCAAAACAGACCACAAAAUGAUGGUGUAAGCAUGCAUGGAUUUUAGGCUGAGUGGAGUUCAUAACCUCUUGAUGGCAGAGCAUGCAUUUGACCACCGAAGUGGGCAGUGUCAACGCGCUAAAGUGCGAAGUUCACUAUGGCAACCACACCCACAGAUACUGUCUUUUGUUGAAACUUCACUCAGAAGUGAAAGAAGUGAAUAAAUGCCUUACUUGAAACAAAAAGGGCUGGGGAAAAAAAAGAAAAAAAAAGGAAAAAAAAAAAAAAAACAAACCACGAACAAACCAAGAUGAUCACUUUAUAGAUCCAAAUCAGCCAGGAACACUGGAGUCAGGUAUCUUUACAAAUCUUCAGAUCUGUCUUAACAUCUUCAAAAUGCUGCAACUUUGAAGAAAAAGAAACACUGACUUUUUAAAAACUGAUUUUCCUGUAAUACAUAACACUGUAAAUAAACAAAUUUUACUAUCA